GGUUGGUUGGACGGCUGAAGAAGUCAGUUGGUAUCCAGCCUCGCGGACUAUGGCGUUCAGGGGGUGUGUUGGGCUCUGAGACGAUGGGCUUGUGAACCCGUCUCUGGGAAGAGGCGCCCGUCCCGUGAGGCCAUGGCGGCUGCUGGACUCAAGGCUGCGAGCAGCGGCAUAUGGAGGGGCCGCCCCGCCGCCGGCAUCCUUCAACUGAUGGUCCCUGUUUCCAGCCACAGCAGCUGCUGCUAUUAUACAGGCAGCGACGCUGGAGCAGGGCGGGUGGGAUGCAGGCAGCAGUGGACCCAUCAGCCGCAGUCUGCGGGGCAUUGUCUCCCGCCGCCGGUCUUCUCUGCGAUCGGCGGCCAAGCGGAGAGAGCCGCCGACGCGGGCCCUGCCGUGGCAGAGAUAAUGGCAGCUGCUUCCUUAGGCAGCCACCAACCCAGCUCCAUCGAAGGGAUCGAUACGAAGUCCUAUCUCUGGGCCAGAUACCACGAGAUGAAAAAGCUGGUUUAUGAUCUCCUUCCACCAGGAGUUUGCAAUCUUCUUAACCCAGCAGCUAUCUAUGCAAAUAAUGAGAUCAGCUUGAGAGAUGUUGAGAUCUAUGGCUUUGAUUAUGAUUAUACGUUAGCACAGUAUUCAAACUUACUACAUUCAAUGAUAUUCAACACUGCCAGAGAUAUCCUAAUUGAACAGUAUAAGUACCCAGAGGGACUCAGGAAAUAUGAAUACAUUCCUGGUUUUGCCAUAAGAGGACUUCACUAUGAUGUGCACAAGAGCCUUCUAAUGAAGAUUGAUGCUUUCCACUAUGUCCAAUUGGGUACUGCCUAUCAGGGGCUAAACCCAGUGCCUGAUGAAGAGGUUAUUGAAAUGUAUGGUGGAACCCAGCAUAUCCCAUUAUACCAGAUGAGUGAUUUUUAUGGCAAGGGUCCAUCGAUUAAACAAUUUAUGGACAUCUUUUCUCUUCCUGAAAUGACCCUACUUUCAUCAGUGACUGACUAUUUCAUGACUCAUAAUAUUGAGUACGACCAAGUUCAUCUUUUCAAGGACGUCAGCGAUGCCAUUAAAGAUGUCCAUGUGAAAGGAAUGAUGUACAAAUGGAUUGAAAAGGACAUGGAAAAAUAUAUUCUUCAUGGAGAUGAAACAUAUGCUGUCUUAAACAGAUUGGUUAACAACAAUAAAAAACUCUUUCUCAUCACAAACAGUCCUUUUAGUUUUGUUGAUAAAGGGAUGAAAUACAUGGUUGGCAAAAACUGGCAGGACCUUUUUGACAUGGUCAUUGUGCAAGCAGAUAAGCCCAGUUUCUUUACUGAUAAAAGAAAACCUUUCAGAAAAAUGGAUGAGGAAGGUUCUCUUCACUGGGACAAAAUAAACAAACUGGAAAAGGGGAAAAUCUAUAAACAGGGCAAUCUGUUUGAUUUUCUGCGGCUAACAGGCUGGCGUGGGUCCAAGGUCCUUUAUUUUGGUGACCAUUUGUACAGUGACCUUGCAGAUCUCAUGCUGCGUCAUGGUUGGAGGACGGGUGCCAUUGUUCCAGAAUUAGAAACAGAAAUACGAAUCAUUAAUACAGAGCAAUAUAUGCACUCUUUGACCUGGCAGCAAGCUCUUACAGGACUUCUGGAGAGAAUGCAGAUGUAUCAAGAUGCAGAAUCCAAGCAAGUCCUUUUAGAGUGGAUGAAAGAGCGACAGGAAAUUAGGUCACUUGCAAAGAAUCUGUUUAACCCCCAGUUUGGUAGCAUCUUUCGAACCUUCCACAAUCCAACCUACUUUUCUCGAAGACUGAUUCGUUUUUCUGAUAUUUACAUGGCAUCCAUCAGUUGCCUACUGAAUUAUGAUGUGAAUUUUACCUUUUAUCCUCGUCGAACGCCUCUACAGCAUGAAGCUCCCCUCUGGAUGGAUCAGCUCUGCACAGGUUGCAUGAAGACUCCAUUCUUAGAAGAAAUGGUGCAUAUUCGAUAAAAGGGAUUAUGAUAUGCAUAGUAAAAUCAUACCUUUUUUUGUUGGUGGUGUUUUUGAGGAGCCCGCUGCUACCAUGUGACCAUUGUUGUACUUCUCUUCUCAGCACUUCCUACUAGAAGGGUACCUGAGAUAAAUGAAUGGAAAGUUGGCAUAAAUUUUAUAUCUGAAAUCCUGAUGGUAAAAUAUCCUAACCAUACGUGGUUAUUCUCUAAGAAUAAGUUUUAAAUUUUGUGUCUGUAACUUAGUUUCUCCUAUGUACAGAUUCCACCUUCAGACUCUAGUCUAUAGCUCUUAGGAAACAUGAGGAGCAGCAACUAAUAUUUUAAGAAUUUGUAUGUGCUACACAGCUGUCUUUAUCUGCUCAGAAGGGUUCUACAUUUAGAUGAACUUUGGUUGGACUAUAGUAAUGCUGGCAGAGAGAUUAUAGAUCUAUUUCCUUUUUAGAACAACACACAUUUGAAAUUCAGCCUCCAUAAGAAUCCUUGCUACAUCAGCUGUACAGUACAUGAGAUGGAAGUUUAAAUAGUUCCUAUUCAUUUCACCAAUCAGUUCACAUUCUAUUACAAAUUUAAAGAUUCUAACUGGUGGUAUUUCUAAAGAACUGAGCAUGGUACAGUACUAUAUAAAACAGAAAUGCCAUUAAACCACACUCAUUCAUUCAUGUACGAACUGACCUCACUCAGAUUUACUGUAUGAUAAUAACAACAGUUGAUGUGACAUUAAGUUUGUAAUGCUCAUUUACAAAUUCAAGCCAUCACUAGAUGCUGAGUUUACCGGACAAUGUAUUAAAUCAGUCCUACUUAGUAUACAAAAAAACAGUUUUUCAUGUAUAUGAAUAAGUUAUCUUUAAUUGAAUAACCUAUUUCUUACGAUACUAAUUUACCUACUGCAUUUAUAUUAAUAAUUUUUAGACAUCUAAGCACAAAUAGAUGUUACAGAUUAACCUAGCAUAUUAAUUGACCUCUAGUUACUGUAUGCAUGACUAGGAUAAUAAAAGAUUAAAAUAGUAAUUGCUAGAGCCAUUACGUAACCUUGUAAUGGAAAGGAUUUUUCCCCUGUUCUGUCACAGGCAGCCCUCAUAUCAGUAAGUAAGAGGUAAAACUGCCAUUAGAAGACAAGUCAGAGGCUUUAGCUCAGUACAAAAAUAGUGGUCUCUUACAAAUGGUGAAUCAUCAAAACUACAUUAUUCUGUGCAGCAGAAUUAGCAUGGACUUACUGUGACCUUCUGAACUUAGUUCAAGAUGUUCUUUUUUAUCCUAUAAAAGGAUUAGAUCUCAAUGUUGUGGGCCUCUGUAAUUUUUCUGCAUUUCAUCAUGAACUAUUGCCAGACAGGACCAUCAUUGCAUUAGAGUCAGACAUCAGAAAUACUUAUUAAGUACAGAAUGUCCUUCUGUUGAAGAUUCUCAUUUAAGGCUGGUUUAGGAAACUUUUUGUAUUAAGGUCAAGCUGUUGUGGGUUGGGUUUUGUUUGUUAGAUUCUGUAAUGCUGCUGCAAUGCAAGUUAUACCUAUAAAUGAAAUAAUGAAUGACUGGCUGAAGCUACUCAGAUUGUUGUUAGAACUAUUCAGUUUCUUGCUAGAGACGGUUUUCAAGGAAUUGAAUAAAGCUUGAACAUUCUAACAAGAUACCAAAGAAAUCUUUCUGAGUAGUCACUAUGUUUGUAAUUUGUGAUGUCAUGCUAGGGUGACAUUGUGUGGUCUCCUGGAUGCUAGAUGCAAGAUGAUUACAAGCAGGAAACCAGAUGUUGUAUACUGUACUCCUUCACAGUAUUUUUAUAUGUAUUUUAUGUCAAAGAGUUGAAGCAUUAUCUAAUAAGUGAGCUCACACUCAAUUAAAAAAACACUAUUUUAGGAGUAAUAACAUUUCUGUUAGGGCUGUACAGUGCUUCAGGUUCAAUUCAGAAGAGGCACUUCAGCACAUGUGGGAACACCAAUGCAGUUCCUGUGCACAACUCAUUAAAGUAGUCACAUCUGUUUCCAGGACUGCCAUGUCAUUAUGGCCAUUAGAUUCAGGAAGUUUAGAGGAAACAAACAAAAAAUCACUUUGUCAUUCCUGGCCUGGUGCAUACAUACUUCUGAGAAGUUUAAGUUUCCUCUUGUUUAAUUAUGACUAAGAUUGCAUCACCUUGUAGCACAUGGAUCAUGUUAAGACUGACAGGUUGCUAAUCUAAGGAUGCUUUUGGCUAUUUAUGUUGGAGCUACUCAUCCCUUUGUUCAGAUUUCCUCUUCUGCCAUCCCUCAAACCAACUUGGAGACCUCCAUGGGGAAAUUGACCCCUAGGGGUCAAUUUUUAUAAACUCGUGGCAUCUCUUACUGACCAUUAUUGCUAAAAAUUGAAGACUUAAUUUCCUGUUGUUUUGAGUUAGGAACCAGAUUAUAAUUGAAGCAGUUUAACUUAAAAAAAACAACCUAAUUUCUGAUCUUGAGCCACCAAAAGGUUAUGCAACUUAGGACUUCUGCACCUUGAACUCACUUCAGUGGAAAGAACCACAAUGUGCAUAAGCAUACAUUCCUAAUUUGCCAUAGUUAUGUAUGCAAAAUAGGAAUGUUUAUGAUGAUUCUCUGCAAGUAUCUGUUCUACAGAAAACUGUUAUAUUGGGAAAGAUCAUAGAUGUUGCCAUGACUAGGGGUGAAUUUCUGGAACCUCCUCUGGAGAUACCUGUCCCUUCGCUCUGGAACAGUUUCUUAGCUUUGCCAAUCCAUGUGAAAUAUUUCAUUGAUGAACCACUUCUACAUCCAGAUAUUGCCUCUGAAAGGAGAGAGAGCAGAAGGUGGAAGCUGCAUCAUGAAAGAGGCAUCGGAGUAGAUCAAAGAAGCAGGGAUACGAGAAUGGUGCAAUAUUGUAGCUUUGGCUAAACGUUUCCCUGAAAAAUAGCUGCCAUUUUUAAAUACCUAUGAGCCCAACUUGUUUCUGUUUUAAAUGUGAAAUCAUUAAAAUGCCAAUUAACUUCCUAAAGUGUGUUUGGUACUAUAGAGACAGUGUCUCUUACCUUUAAAAGUAGGCUGUUCUGUAAAAUCUAGAUGGCUUGGAAAGAUGAUUUUUUUAAAAACGUGUGUUAUAAUUUGAUACUUUUUUUCCCCAGAAUUGGGUACAAUUGUUAAUUCUGAUUCAUGAGUCCACAAAAUAAAAUAAUGUAUUGUGUUUAACUUC